GGGAUACAUUUCCCACCCCCUUUUUCCCCUCACUAGGAUCCCUGACCAUCUUUUCCUAUUUACAUGACAUUUGGUUUCCUGGUUUAUUGGAAGCUGCUGGCCCAAAAUCUGACAAGAUCAGACAUGUUAGGCUUCUAUGUUUAAGUGUGUGCUUCGUGUGUUUCAUGACGCAGCCACAGCAGGUUUGGCUGGAUUUUUUGAGCAAAGCACAAGUAGGGAGAGACAAGCGGAAAGGGAAAAGAGCUGGAGCUUUUUUCCUUCCCUACUCUUAGUCACACUUCUGUCAUUUUUGCCCUUCCUAUCUGGUUUACAAGACAUAGAUUUUCAGACGGACUCAGCUUCAGGGAUGAACUGGUCUGGACUGGAGAGCCUGCUGAGUGGAGUCAACAAAUACUCCACCGCCUUCGGGAGAAUCUGGCUGUCCAUGGUGUUCGUGUUCCGCGUCCUGGUGUUCGUGGUGGCCGCUCAGAGGGUGUGGGGAGACGAGAGCAAGGACUUUGUGUGUAACACAAAACAGCCUGGCUGUACCAACGUCUGCUAUGACUUCAUCUUCCCCAUCUCCCACAUCCGACUGUGGGCGCUUCAACUCAUCUUCGUCACCUGUCCAUCCUUAAUGGUGAUGGCUCACGUCAAAUUCCGUGAAGGCAAGAACCAGAAAUAUGUGGAGCAGCACAACGGCUCCCACCUGUACGCCAACCCUGGCAAGAAGCGAGGAGGCCUGUGGUGGACGUAUCUGCUGAGUUUGGUCUUCAAAGCUGGAUUUGACGCCGCAUUUCUCUACAUUCUGUAUCGGAUCUACCACGGAUAUGACCUACCCAAGUUGUCCAAGUGUUCUCUGGACCCCUGCCCCAACACAGUUGACUGCUUCAUCAGCCGUCCCACAGAGAAGAAGAUUUUCAUGCUGUUCAUGGUGGUGUCCAGCGCAGUCUGCAUCUUAAUGUGCCUCCUUGAGAUGGUCUACCUCAUCUGCAAGCGUAUCAUCAAAGUGGCAAAGGUCCGGCACGAGAACGACAGGAUCCUGUUUGCAGAGCAGCACCAGCUCACGCCCCUCUCCCUGCCCAGAUCACAGUUUCAGAGAGACCCGACACGGGCAGAGAGUAAGACGAGUCUGAUCAGGAGGGAAAAAACCCAGGAGGGGCACAAAACCACAGUGCUAUAGAAUCCACUGCAUCUCCACCCCGUGUGAUGGGAUGGCUGCUGGCCAACAGGAGCAAGGACAAACAGUUUUUGGUUGUUUCUGUGUGGAGUAUUUGGAACUUCUGAAAUGAAACAAAGUUAAAGAUGAACAUUCAUAUGUUUUUUUACAGCGGUUUGUAAAAGUUGUGCACAGCUUGAUUAGGAUUGUCCCCAGAAAUGGAAACCAGACCUUUCUGCAUGAGAGUUUACAUGUUUUCCUCCAUGCACACUUGCGUUUUCUUCAUUUUUGCCAUCAACCUGCUUCGCCAGGGUGUUGUGAGCGUGCCCGGUUGAUCCUUGCAAUACUGUGAUGGACUGCUGACCACCAUUAAUCCACUUCUGGCUCACAGACAGCUGGAAUAAGCUCCAGACGCCCUGGAUGCAGGGAUAGAUUGGUAUCUGCUGCACUAUUAAAGCCCCAGUCUUACAUUCCUCCUUUUUCUGUUCAGAGGAUCAACUCCAGGUUUUGAGUUUCAUUAACUUUUUGACGAUACAGAAUAAGGUGUCUGUGUCAAGGAGCUUCAGAUAUCAGAGUUGUCCUUAAAAAGCAGCAACAGAAGUGUAUGAGAGCUUUUGUUUGGGUCUUUAACACCCUGUCAUUCUGUCCAGCAGGCAGCUGCUCUGCCAAACUGUCCCUUCAAUGCAGUUUGAAUGAGCAGCUGUCGCACAAGCUGCCCUAAUGUCUUCUUGGAAAAUGCUUUGACCUGAGCAGCUCAGUCUUUUCACUUUUCCCUCAUUCUUUAGGUUACUAUAUACCACCUUUUGAAUCAAGUGCAAUCCAUUUUCCUGACUCCAGAUGGGAAAAUAUUGGAUAUUCGAUACUUUUCCUCAUGCUAGAACCAGGAAAACGGAUUUUCUACUUCGUCUGACUGCAGCAAAGCUUAGUUUAAACUCAGGGUUUGUUUUUGCUUUUCUUUGCCUGGUUAGCUGAUGAGAGGAGUUCAGCAUCUGACAUAACAUAUUCAGCUGCAUCUUUGGUGGCCAUCACAGCAGAAGGGCCCGAUCUACCCCUAUUCCCAGUCUGUAAAUGAGCAGAUUGUUGUUAUUUUACUUUACUGUAGUUUUACCUUUUAGCCUUGUAGUUAUACCUGUGAAUUUGAUGCUGCAGGAUCAAAUUGGUUUUACUUUCAGGUUUACGUCAUGAUUAUGUCCAACACUUCCUUGUAAAAUAAAAUAAGAGAUUUGUUUUUUUAAAUUUUUUAUUGUUCAGCUAACUAUAAAAUAAAAUGUCAAAAAUGUUCUUUACAAAAGACCAUCUGAAAGUGUUUCCUGAAGAAGAAAAUGAGGACUGAUGUGACAAAGACUGAGUUUUUAAAGUUUUCUUUUCUGUUUUUAUGGAGCAAAAAAAAAGGAAGUUUGCACUCGGUGGGAGGAAGGCCUUGGGUCGAGGUGGAGGGACUCCGACACACCUCAUUUAGAAGUUCUCCGUGAAGAGAACUUUUGCCCAUUUUCUCGUGAUGCCAACAUCUACUAUUAGGUUAUCACAAGAAAACAAGUUUUUGAGGUGAUAACAAGACAGUACAUUUCAUUAUCACAAGAAAACACAUUUUUUUGCCGAAAUGUUUCUACGACCCACAGCAAACCAAAGCUGUUUGUCAGAGAAAAUGUCAAACAACCCAAGAAUUAAUGAUUGAUUACUUGAGUCGUGGUCUAACUCAGGCGACCAUCGUCGUUUGAGGAGGAGUCUGGCUCGGCUGCACGUGUGGCGGAGGUUUAGUGAUCCUGCAGUUGUUGUCAAUUUCGCCUGUGACCAGAUGAGAGAUCAGGUCGUCUCCAUGGUUACAGAAUGAUGCAUGAGAAGGACAGGCUGAAAGGACUGUGGAUUUGGUCUGCAAUCAAGAGAAAAAAAAAAUGUUUUCUUGUCAAAGCAGAUGUUGUUAUAACGUGAAAAAAGGCAACAAAAAAAUAAAAUAAAAGGCAAAGCAG